CGUCAUUUUAUUUACAAGGUUCGUCAACAGCGAGCGAAAGAAGCGAUUACUAGUUUAGAUAUUAAUUCGAAUUCUGGAAUACUUCUACGACGACGGUUCUUGAAUAAUUUAGUAUUGUAUCGUGAAGUUUAUUUUUAUUUUAUGCAAAUAUUAAUAAAAUAAAUAUGAGUUGCGUCAGUGAAUUGUCACAAUCAAAUGAGUAUCUAAGUUUUAGAAGCAGCAUUCCCUUGAGAAAAAUCGUGGUUGACUCAGAUGGAUCCAAGGCUUGGAGGAUUUUCGACAGUGGGCCAAAAUCCGUAAGCUGCCCAUUGAUAUGCCUACCGCCAGUGUCUGGCACGGCAGACGUGUUCUUCCAACAAGUUUUGGGACUUGCUGCUAGAGGAGUGAGAGUCAUUGCUGCUGAACCUCCACCAUAUUGGAACAUGAAAGAAUGGUGCGACGGCUUCAAAAGACUCAUCGACUACCUAGAACUUGACAAAGUACAUGUUUUUGGAGCAUCCUUAGGUGGAUUUAUAGCACAGAAGUUUGCAGAAGUAACAAGCAACUGUCCCAGAGUUGCAUCUCUUGUACUCUGUAACACAUUCACAGACACAUCUGUGUUUGAGUACCAUGACUCUGCAGCCCUUUUCUGGCUCUUACCUUCUUUGGUAUUGAAAAGAAUGCUCAUGGGAAACUUUACAACUGACAAACUGGACAAAAGAAUGGCCGAAGCUAUCGACUUCAUGGUUGAAAGACUUGAAUCUUUAAACCAGUCAGAGUUAGCAUCAAGACUGACCCUGAACUGUACGCCCUGUUACAUAAAACCUCAAGCUUUGCUUCAUCUGCCCAUCACAGUAAUGGAUGUUUGGGAUGAAUGUGCCUUAAGCUCUAGAGUUCGUGAGGACCUGUACAAAUCAUACCCACAUGCAAAACUAGCUCAUUUAAAAAGUGGUGGCAACUUCCCUUACUUGAGCAGAAGUGAUGAAGUCAACCUCCAUUUACUAAUUCAUUUGCGACAAUUCGACGGCACAGAUUUAUCGGCGUCGUAUAUCAGUUUGCACAAAAUGCCAGCACCUACAAACCAACCAGAGGAAGGCACAGUCAGUUACUUCAACCAGAGAGAAAAAGUCGUGAAGAUAUCAUAAGAAGGUGCAUGCCAAACACCUGUGUUACUAAUGGUACAGGUUUUACUUGUUUGUUUUAUAUUGAUCAACUUUUUAAACACAUUAUUUGAAUAUAAUAGCCAAUAUGUAAAUAUCAAUAAUCUAAAUUUAGAUUUGAAUCAAAUCAUAUCUUCAUUCUUUAACACUUGAAUAUUAUGAUCAUGAUAUUUAGAAGUUUUUAUAAUGAAAUUGAAACAUUGCCCAUUUUUAAGGGAUAAUGAGAAAAAUUGGUGUGAUAUGGUUACGCGGAAUUUGUGUAAUAUUUAUGUUUAGGAUAGAAGGGUGAAAUAAUUUAGGUUUUUUAUAUAAAUGUUAUUAUUAUUUGUUUUUCUUUACCUAAUUAAUAUUCAGCCAUUAUAUGUAUUUCAAGGCUGUUAUAGGUUUGAAUGGCUUUCCCCUAUAAAGCCAAUUUUUGUAAGGAUUCCAAGAAUGCAUUAUUGAGAGUUUCUCAGACAACAUUCCAAUAAGGUUAUCUGAUAAUUAUUUAUAAAUAAUUAUAAUUUUUACAUUGGUUAUGCUAAAAGCGAGAGAGUACUAAUUAGUUUGGUAUUUUCUUUUUUAUUAGUUUAUUGUUUAAUGUAGCAAUUUAUAAUAAGCUUAUGCGACAACUAAAUUCGAAUUUGUGGCUAGUCGAGAAUAAAAGGUCAAAGUAGAGAUGAAAAGAUUUAUUUUUGUAUGUUUUUUUGUAAUAGUUUAUUUUAAUUUUCUCCAGUUAUUUCACAAUAAAUAACUUAAGGUGACCAACUAAUGAGAUAUGAUUUAUUUUAAAAAUAUUGCAUAUCUGUACAUUAACAUUUUGUUACACUUGGAACUGACUGUACUGUACAAUGUGUUAAAAUAAAUGCAUUUCAUUGCAA